AGUGGGCGAGAACGGUCAAUGGGAUGAAGUGCCACAAAUACAAACAAAAUCAAAUGUGACAUCGUAUCAAGUCACCGGUCUGGUACCCUUUACCGUCUAUAGCUUUCGUCUGAAAGCAGUCAACAAGCUGGGCAUUAGUCCUCCAUCCAAAGAAUCCUACUACAUAGUGACCUUGCGUGAGGCUCCUACAGGUAAACCGAUACCCACAGAAGCCCACAAUACCUCAUCCACCUCUGUAUAUAUUUCAUGGAAACCACCGCCGCCCGAUACAAUACUUGGAGAAUUUCUCGGCUAUCGUAUUACAUAUAGACCACGCGAUCGCAAUCCCAAUGACACAAAGGAGAUUUACAUACGAGAUGCCACAAUUGAGAGUCAUGAAAUCCUCAAUUUGGAACCAUAUACCCAAUAUAAAGUCACCGUUCAGGUUUUUAAUCCUGAGGGAUUGGGACCGGAGACAACAAUAUUGGUGAUGACAGAUGAAGGAGGCCUAAAUCAAUCCGAAGAUGAGACCCAUUGGUCCUCGCCCACUAAGGGUCAACAUUUCUAA